AUGAGUUUACAAACCUCUCUCAAACCGCCUGUCGAGAAUCGAGAAAAGAUCCUACAGCUUGAGCAGCGAGUUUUCGAGGAAUUCCUUCAGCAACGUAUCCAAUAUGCAUCCGAAUGCCCAGUGUCGGAGGAUCAAUGCCGAGUCCUAAGUUCAUCACCCAAGUCUAAGGCGUCACUACACAUUGUUAUACAACAUCAACCUAUCUUUAAGAACAACAACCAGCAUGUGCCUAAAUUUAUGUGGGACUUCAAGGUUGCAAGGGUUAAGCAAGAUCAAUAUAAGGACAGUCUAGGCGACUACAUUGACAUGGGCGUACAUAGCAAGAAAGUCAGGAUGCUAACCAAUCCCGCUAGAUACGAUUAG